CGCGAGGGAGGGGAGGGCGCUUGCGCGGGCCUGGGCACCACCACCUCCUGCUGCGGGCAGAGGGCAGGCGUUUGGGGCCGGGACGUCGGUACUUGAGGACUCCAAACAUGGCGGGAUCAGAGUGGAAGUCCUUGGAGGAGUGUUUGGAGAAGCACCUGCCACCCGCAGACUUGCGGGAGGUGAAACGCAUUCUCUAUGGCAAGGAGACCAGGAAGCUCCCUCUGCCCAGCCAGGCCUUGGUGGCUGCCUCUGCAGGGGACUUUGAGCUACAGGGACACGCCUUCGAGGCAGCGGAGGAGCAGCUGAGGGAGCCUCGGACUGUGCGCGUGGGGCUUGUUCAGACCAGAACCGCCCUGCCUGCAGACGCCCCUGUGAUGGAACAGGUCUCCGCCCUUCACCGGCGCAUGGAAACCAUUGUAGAGGUGGCUGCGAUGUGCAGAGUGAACAUCAUCUGCUUCCAGGAAGCAUGGACUAUGCCCUUCGCUUUCUGUACGAGAGAGAAGCUUCCUUGGACGGAGUUUGCUGAGUCAGCAGAAGACGGGCCCACCACCAGAUUCUGUCAGAAGCUGGCAAAGAAACACGACCUGGUGGUGGUAUCCCCCAUCCUGGAGCGAGACAGAGAGCAUGGCGACGUUUUGUGGAACACAGCCACGGUGAUUUCCAAUUCUGGAGCCAUCCUUGGGAAAACCAGGAAAAACCACAUCCCCAGAGUGGGCGAUUUCAAUGAGUCAACUUACUACAUGGAGGGAAACCUGGGCCACCCCGUGUUUCAGACGCAGUUCGGGAGGAUCGCGGUGAACAUCUGCUAUGGGCGGCACCACCCCCUCAACUGGCUCAUGUACAGCAUCAACGGGGCCGAGAUCAUCUUCAACCCCUCGGCCACCAUCGGAGCCCUCAGUGAGUCCCUGUGGCCGAUUGAGGCCCGAAACGCAGCCAUCGCCAAUCACUGCUUCACCUGUGCCAUCAACCGUGUGGGCGAGGAGCACUUCCCAAACGAGUUCACCUCUGGAGAUGGGAAGAAAGCUCACCGGGACUUCGGCUACUUCUAUGGCUCAAGCUACGUGGCAGCGCCUGACAGCAGCCGCACUCCUGGCCUCUCCCGCAACCGGGACGGGCUCCUGGUUGCUGAACUCAACCUCAACCUCUGCCGGCAGAUGAGUGACAUCUGGAAUUUCAGGAUGACGGGCAGAUAUGAGAUGUACGUGCAGGAGCUUGCGGAAGCCAUCAAACCCAACUAUCGCCCCAAUAUCGUGAAAGAGUAGCUGGCCUUCAGCACCUGCCGCCAGCAGGUCAGCAAGUACAUCAGGCUUUACGUGUCCAGUUCUCUCUGGUGAUGCUGAUAACACUGCUGUCCAGAUGAGCUUAAAAUGCCCAGGUGGGGAGGGUAGAAUGAGGAGUGACUGCUUAAUGGGUAGAGGUUCCUUCUGGGGUGAUGAAAUGUUUUGGGACUAAAUAGAGGUGAUUGUUACACACAAUGUUGUGAAUGUACUAAAUGUCACUGAAUUGCAUCUUUUAAACUGACUAAUU